AAAAGACUUGUUAAAAUGGCCUCGCAAACUGCAGGAAUUCAACAAUUACUUGCAGCAGAGAAGCGUGCUGCUGAAAAGAUUAAUGAGGCACGUAAAAGAAAGGCACAACGACUUAAACAAGCAAAACAAGAGGCACAGGCUGAAAUUGACAAAUAUAGAGAGGAACGCGAAAAGCGUUUUAAAGAGUUUGAACAUAAUUACCUGGGCGCUAGAGAUGAUAUUGCUGCGCAGAUAAAGCGUGAAACUGAUGAGACGCUUAAUGAAAUGACUCGUAGUGUUGCGGCUAAUAAACAGCAGGUAAUUGUUCGUCUACUUCAACUUGUCUGUGACAUUCGUCCAGAACUGCAUCACAAUUUGCAACUUCAACUUAAGCUUAAUGAAAAGCCUGCCUAA